UCGCUUGAAAUGCCUGCAAUGUGUAUCUUUCACUCUCUCUCAUCGCCGAAAAUCAGUCGCGUGAACGCCCGGUAGCGGGAUCAAAUUUUUCUCUCAUGUUGCUGCUUCACUGCAUUUGUCCAGCUCUUGUCGUCGUCCGCACGCACUCACCAUGUCCAGACUCGCUUCGCUCCAACCUCGAGGCAAAGCAUCAGGGUCAUCUCCCUCGCCUUCCUCACCUUCCUCCUCUUCAUCUCCAAAACCGAGGUCUACAUCCAGUAACCCAUCCACACCGAAACAAUCAAACGCCAAUACGGCCUAUGACCGGUCGCAAAGGACACCCUCACGACAAGCAGAGACAUCCCAUCACCGGUUCUUGAAGCUGCUAUUAGACGAGGUGAAGAAACUGUGCUCAACAUGGGAAGAUAUCAUGCUCGUCGAUGGGCUGAAAGCUGGGAAAGGAUGCGUGGAUCAAGCGACCGAGAUGGAUAAUAUCCUGCUCGCUCCACUUGGAUCCGAGAGACCCUCCAUAGCUGAACACCUCGAAAUGUUCUACGAGUCUCAAAGAGCGAUGGACGGCGUCCUUCGCAAACUAGACCGCCUGAUCAUCAAACUCUCAGCUUUGAUCGAUCAAGCUGACAAGCUCUUCUUUGAAGCUCAUCGGACGAUGGGCUGGCAGUUCGUGCUGGAACAGCCGAUGUGGUUCAGCUGGACGUUUGAAACAUUUGUGGACUCUCUUUCGCCCCUUUUGUCAAACCAUCAUACUCAGCUUGCCCAUCUUCGAGUAUUAUCUAAUCAGAUCACCGAUCCACAAACAUCGUUUGAGAAUGCCAAACUUGCCCUUGAGCAGUGGCGCGAUCUCGCCAAGGGCGGUUCCAGAUGGCAAUCUGUGCGAGACUGGGAGGAAUUGAUGGACCUGGAGAUGAGCUUUGGCACUGAAGACUCGGACGAUGAUAUGGAUGACCGGGUCAAGUCGUCUGCGAGUAAGAAGAAGAAGGGGAGGUAAGGGACGGUAAAGAUGACGCGGGAAGACAAGGAUAGAUCUAGAGCGCGGCACUCAGCGGCCAAAGAACAUUAUAUUAUUUCCUUGACGUCGGACGGACCCCCGGCGGUCACCAUAGGAAUCUCAGGCACCCUUUCCCAAAAACAUAUCCGAUUGAUCUCGGAAACCCACACCAACUGUGUUCACGUGGCCUGAGGCCGGCUGGCUGGGAUCCUCCAAGCAAAGAAACGCCACGCCUUUUGCCGAUCUGGUUGGUGGCCGUUGAAGGGUUUGCUCGCCCGUCGGUCUAAAAAUCUCAGUCAGCUGUGGGAAAUCUAACCAAACUAUUACGGCAUCGUCCGUCUAUUGUUUUUGUUUUUUUUGGGCAUUGGAGGCAUCUUUGAGGCUGCUGGUCAAUAUAUAUAUAUGUACCUCUGCAAGUGCUCUGAACAAUUAUCCACA